UGCCACUGAAAUAGGCCAUCACUUCUCAAAAUAACUUCAUGACUUUACUGCUUUGUCUAGACCCACAUUACAUAAAUCAAUUUUGUCCUGUAUUGGCAAAUGUUCGAAUAUCAAAUUUAAUCAAUUCACCCUCGUCCUUUAUCUGGGCUCAGGCUUUGCGCAUGCGCGAUUCAUUAGCAGUCUGGAUGCAGGGCGGUGUGGGUCUCCUCUCUGCUCUGACUGCAGCUGGAACUGCUGUGUGAGCGAGGCUACUGUGAGAGCUUUGGGACGGAGGAGGGGCUCACGGCAGCACCCGCUGCUCGUUGAGGACAGUAAAUGCAGAGUGAUACGUGCUUUCACGUCAGUCUCCAAAACACCAGAAAAGUCUCCAGUAACACCAGAAAAAGUCGCUAGAUUUGUCACUAGUCGCUUUUGACAAAAAAAGUCACCAAGAGGAUUUGGAAAGUCGCCAAGUUGGCAACACUGAUCAAACUGACCUCGACUCAAAGAGAAAACUGGUGCCAUGGAAGCCACCAGGAGACGUACGCAGCACAGUGCAAGGGGGAAAACGUCUGAACAGGGGGACCAGCCAGCACAGUGGGGGAGAGCAUGGGAGGUGGAGUGGUUUUCCCUGAUUAGCGUGAUCAGCCUCCUUUGCUUUGCCCCUUUCAUUGUCUUCUACUUUGUGAUGGCAUGUCAUCAGUACCAGUGCUCCAUCACCCAGCCACUGUUUGAGUUGUCCCGAGGAGAGACCACGCUGCUCUCCAUCUGGGCUCGGGCACCGUCCUUCAGCUGGACAGCUGCCAAGAUAUAUGCCAUCUGGGUGGCCUUCCAGGUGUUCCUGUAUAUGUGUGUUCCUGAUGUUAUCCACAAGUUUAUUCCUGCUUAUGUUGGUGGAGUGCAGGAUGGAGCACGAACUCCUGCUGGCCUGAUUAACAAGUAUGAGAUCAAUGGGCUGCAGUGCUGGCUAAUCACUCAUGCCCUGUGGUUUGCCAACGCCUACUAUUUCUAUUGGUUUCCCCCCACCAUCAUUUUUGACUACUGGAUCCCUCUGAUGUGGUGUGCCAAUAUACUGGGCUAUUCUGUGUCCACCUUUGCCUUCAUAAAGGCCUACUGGUUCCCCACCAACUCUGAGGACUGCAAAUUCACAGGGAACAUUUUCUACAACUACAUGAUGGGCAUCGAGUUCAACCCACGCAUUGGCAAGUGGUUUGACUUCAAGCUUUUCUUUAAUGGCCGGCCUGGCAUCGUUGCCUGGACUCUUAUCAAUCUGUUCUACAUGGCCAAGCAGCAAGAACUGUACGGCCACAUCACCAACUCCAUGAUUCUGGUCAAUGUUCUGCAGGCCAUCUAUGUGUUGGAUUUCUUCUGGAAUGAGACGUGGUACCUGAAGACCAUUGAUAUCUGCCAUGACCACUUUGGAUGGUACCUGGGCUGGGGAGAUUGUGUCUGGCUACCAUACCUUUACACACUGCAGGGUCUGUACCUUGUGUACCACCCAGUCCAGCUCUCUAACGCCCAUGCCCUUGCUGUCCUGUUGCUCGGCCUCGUCGGGUACUACAUCUUCCGUUCCGCCAACUACCAGAGGGACCUGUUCCGCCGCACAGACGGCUCCUGCUCUAUCUGGGGCCGCAAGGCAACAUACAUCGAUUGCUCUUACCGCUCUGCUGACGGUGGCAUCCAUCACAGCAAGCUCCUGACAUCCGGCUUCUGGGGUGUGUCUCGGCACUUCAACUACACCGGUGACCUGAUGAUUUCUCUGGCCUACUGUGCUGCCUGUGGCUUUGGCCACAUACUACCAUACUUCUACAUUGUUUACAUGACCAUCCUGCUGGUGCACCGCUGUAUACGUGAUGAGCACCGCUGCAGCAACAAAUAUGGCAAGGACUGGAAACGCUACACAGAUGCUGUGCCUUACCGGCUGAUUCCUGGAGUGUUUUAGAGAGAGGGAUAGAAGUGUAAACAUGGAGGGAGGUAGAGGUGACUGAUAAGAAAAAGACAUAUAGAAAUUAUAAAAUUGGAAUGGGGUGAAAUAAACAUGAAGUGUGGGUACCCUCACAGUCAUAUGACUGUGAAUGUGUGUGUUUUAUAUGUAUCAGGAAUACACAACCCAGAGAACAUUUUUACACAUGUGGAGACUGCUGUACAUGUGUGUAUAUAUACUGUACAGUGUAGUAUUUGGCAAAAUUUCUCUGCCUCAGUAGAAGUAGUUUGAUAUACCAGGCUCCUGUUUAUUAAGUUGUGAAAAAGUUGUUUAACAUAAACAGAUUUUUAAAAACAGUACAAUGUAUCACUGGAGGUAGGAAGACCAAGCAUAACUUAAGAACAGAAACAGAGCCAGGUCUGCAGCGGAUAACUAUCCCACACAGUGCUGUGACAUUCCUACAGGGCAACAUAGUAUUGCUUACAUAGUACAGUAUUAAUGUGAGCUUAAAGAAUCCAAAACAUGAUUGCUUCUAGUUUCUCAGUUGUGAGAGUUUGGUGCUUUUCUGUAUGAUACCAUUGUAAAUUUAACCCUUGUGGGUUUCUUUUGACUUUCUCACAGAAACGAGCAAUUUGACAAUGUCAGUUAGCUUAUAAAUGGGAUCAGUCUUUGUUUUCGUAGGGUUUUGCAGACCAAAGCUGAAAUCUUUACCAGCAGCAUAUUCACCUAAUUCAGACUUUAACAGCAAUGAGCAGCAGUUUCUGUUCUAAUGGAUGUUGACUGCCUGUUAAUCAUUCUGAACUGCAACAAGUCAGGUCGAUUUUUGGAUUUAUUUUGUGCUAAAUCACCAUGUUAUCUUAAUCAUGCUGUGUUUUUGCGUUUUUUGCUAUGUACAGCCAUCAUACUUGUUUUGUGUUAAUAGUACUUCAUACCUGCACUGACUUACUAAUUAGGGACAAAUAAAAUAAAGUUUAAUUUUUGUAUGA